AUGCGAGUACUAUCUAGUUUUAUAAACUUCCCCUUUAGACGCGGCAAUAUAGCCAGUCUGAAAUGCCCAGAUGAUCGCUGGGCAGAAAUCGACAACGAGGCAAGGAAGAACAUUGACACCUUGUUCGCCCGAGGAAGAGGGAAAAAGGGCUCUGCCUCGUCUGCGGUUCAGUUCAACAACGAUACAGCUAAACCUACCAGAAAAAGAAAAAAGCAUGUGCUGACCGAGCUAGGAGCAGAGGAACAGCGGCGUUUUACGCGUAUGCGUGCAGUGCUUGCUAAGAGAAUUGUGGAAUAUGUGUCCGCAAUAGAGUCCACAAAGUCUCUGCUUGAAAUGGUGGAACCAGAUGAUAAUGAGACAAGAGAAGAGCUAGAAAAUACAUUACGAAAUGUUCGACAAAUGCAUGAGAAGACGAAGAAAGAUCAAGAGCGAUUGGAAGCGCAGUACAAGGAAUUUCAAAACAGAAGUUUUGGGCCACGAAAGAAGAAGCGAUGUUCGGUCGACAGGUCGAAUCCAGCUCACGAAGACGCAACAGUUUCUACGGAUGAUGCGUCUUCAGAGCCAGAUCCUAAGCAUCUUUUUGAUAAUACUGUUAAAGUGGAACCACACAAUUAA